AUGUCCGGAAAAAUCAAGAGCCGAAGUGCGGCGAACGCAGACUCGAUAUCUGGCAGCGUGUCCUGCGACGAGCGCAUAUUGCGGGAUUGUCAUCAGCUGUACACGGAUGCCGACAGCGGGCUGAUCACGGUGGCCCAGUCUGUGGGUGUGACGUUGCUGCCACCCCGGAAGAAGAUCACUGUGAUGUUGAUGGGUAACCACUCAGCUGGCAAGAGCUCCUUCAUCAACUGGUAUGUGGAGGAGCACAUUCAGCGCACCGGUGUGGCGAUUGAGACCCAGGGCUUCAGUUUUGUCACUAGUGGGCGCAAGAGAGAGUCUCUCACAGGAAAUGCCACCCUCCAUCUGUAUCCCCACUUCAAGCCCCUGCAAGAGUUCAAAGGCGUGUCAGAGUACCUGAGCACAGAGAUCUGCACAUCCCGGCAGAAGCGCUUCAGCCUGGUGACAUUUGUGGAUUCACCAGGGCUCGUGGAUGGAGACAUGAAGUAUCCCUUCGAUGUGGACCAGGCCAUCAUGUGGCUAGGUGAGCUGUGUGACCUGAUCCUGGUCUUCUUUGACCCCAUGGGCCAGGCUCUGUGCAAGCGCACCCUCAACAUCGUGGAGAGUCUAAAUGAGAAGCAUGGGGACCGGCUACGUUUUUACCUGAGCAAGGCUGACGAGGCCGGGGGAGAGUCUGACAGACAGAGGGUGAUGAUGCAGAUUGUCCAGGAGCUCUGCAAGCGACCAGGACUCAACAAAUGUGGCUUUGACAUGCCCACCAUCUACAUUCCCAAUCCAAACAAGCCCAGCCGCUGUGUCAACCAAAUUGAGGAGGUGUGUCGCACCAUUGAGAAAACCAUUAACCAAACUGUCCAGAAUACACUCAACUCCCUGGAAAAGGACUGCGAGCUCAUCACUGAGGCCAUCACCGAUACACUCGCUAAUGACAGGCAGACGAGUGUAGCGAACCGGCGGGCGCGCUGCAAGGGCUGCCUGCUGGCUCUGCUGGGCUUCAGCGUGCCGCUGGCUCUCAUGGCCCUGCUGGUGCUGGGCAGUCUGUCCCGGGAGCUGCUGGAGAUCGCUUUGGGAGAGGAGGGCACAGACGCCCUCUCCAUCUACCUGACCCCCAUUGUGCGAGUGUUUGAAUCCCUCUCCGUGCAGCAGCAGCUUUACGGCUGUGGCGGACUUGUCCUUCUCUCCUUCCUCCUGCUUCUCCUCGCACGUUUCUCCUUCAGGACUCAACCAACUCUGACAGGCAGACAGAAGAGGCAGCUGCAGGAGAAACUCGACUACGUUCAGGAGGUGGUCAAGAACAAGAAGAAAAAGCUGUAUGAGGAAUACCUGCGCCAGAGUGUCGGUGACCAAGACAUGGACUAGUGAAGAAAGGCUCAGAUCUACACUGACUGAUAAAAAGGCUCAACAUACACACAGUAAUGUAGGACCAAAUGUAGUACGCUUAAGAACAGCUGUGCCACUCGUACCACUGGGUAAUAUAGUUAAUGAUACAUGUUGUUUGAAGUACAUGGAUGUGAAUCACAGUAUUUUACUGACUGAUACUGUAGGCUUAUAGGACCCAUUCAAGUUCUGGUGGUCUGGAUACUGUCAUACCCAUUUACCGUUAAGUUGUAUGAAUUCUGUGCAAAUCAUCAUGAAGUAACACUACCUGAAGAUUUAAAAAUUCUGUUUCUUGGCAUAUGAGCUUUUGUUACUGAUAUAUUUUAUUAUUUUGUUGUUUUGAACCAAGAGCAUUUACACGCAACAUGUGCCUGCACACCAAGAAUUCAGGCUUAUACCACUUAAAUAUAUUUAAAGAAUUUAUGAACUAUUUAUAUUGUUGCUUUGUCACAGAAAUUGUAUUUUGGUUAAAUGGCAUAUAGCACUGUUUUACUUGACUUACUCUGCGGAAGUUCAUAUUUUUCAAGACUUCCACCAGCAUUUUAUACUGUACUUUCUAUCAGAGUUGUUAACAUGAAGUUACAUUUUGUUACCAGUCCACUUCCCUUCAUACCGUCAAUGUCUGUACCACUUUACAUGUACGAGAUUCAAUUACAGUAUCUGCAUACCUCUUUGUAAUAUCACUGACCAAAUGAACCUUUUGUACUUUCUUUUCCUACAUUGUUAACAUUUUUAAUUAGAAUGGACCUAAAUAAAGACACAAAUGUUAAAUAUA